GAGGAGUGGAUGUGUGUUCACAAAGAGGGCAGGAAGAAGAACAACGGAAGCUUUAUAUGCAGACAAUGUAACAGUCAUUUGUGGCAUACGAGCUACUCAACUGUCUCAGCAAGAUGUUUGCAGCUGUGCUGUUUAUAACAGGGAUAUACACAGCAGUGGGAUUCAACAUAUACAUAACGCCAGUGAAAAGUUUUACAAAUGAAGACCCACUGUUUGGUCAAACCAUUAUUCAGUCAAAGGAUGGAGUUUUUGUUCCUUUGCCUACCUCUGGAGACGUUUUCAGAUGCACAAAGAUCAACUGUACUCUAAUCAAUGUUAAUGAUGUAAUGAAAGGCCUGAGUCCAAUUGCAUCUGUAGCAUCCAGCUGGAAGGAAGAUAAUGAGCAGUUUCUGGUUUGUAACCAAGUUCGGACAAGGAAUUCGUCAACUGAAUAUUACAAUGGAAACUGCACAUACCUAUAUAAUGAGCAGAGAAAGAGUCAAAUCUAUCCUGAUAAGUUGGUUUUACAGGUACUGGAACAAAAUGCCAACAACAAUAACAACCACAAUAAAGGCAGCCAAAAAUCUCAUCAAGACCACUGGAGGAAGAGAAGAGCUGCAGAGAAUGAUGAGGAUGAAGAAGAUGAAGAUGCAGGGACGGAGAUCACUUUUGUGCUGGACGGCUCUAGUAGCAUUCAUAAGGUCGAUUUUGAAAGGGCCAAAGACUUUAUUUAUAAUGUGAUGAACAAUGUUUGGAAGACAUGUUUCAGUUGCAACUUUGCAAUAGUGCAGUAUGGCAGAAACAUAAGUACAGAACUCUCACUGAAAGAAAAUAAUGACAGUGUUGAAGCCUUGAAUAAGGUGAAGAAUAUAACACAGAUUCAUGAAAUCACCAAGACUGCUUCAGCCCUCUACCAUGUUCUCACAGACGUUUUUGUUCCUCAAAAUGGAUCAAAAGAGAACGCAAAAAAAAUGAUUAUUCUGCUGUCUGAUGGAGAAAUGUUAGGAGAUACAAGAACCCUCACAGAUGUUUUGAACAUGCCACAGAUGAAGGGGAUUGUUCGCUAUUCUAUAGGAGUGGGGCCAGAGGUUCUGAAUAGACCAAACGCAAUACUAGAAAUGAUAGAGAUAGCUGGCAGUGAUGAACGAUUUUUCAAUGUUUCUAAUUAUGCAGCCUUAGAAAAAAUCCUUUCUUCUUUGGAAAAAAGCAUCAUUGGAAUUGAAGGCAUACAGAAGGGAGCAGGAUUUGAAUUUCAGCUUGCAGAGGCUGGAUUUAGCUCUCACUUUACCCAUGAUGGUUCAAUCCUUUUUGGUGCUGUAGGGGCCUAUGACUGGAGUGGAGGGAUCAUUGUGAAAAAAAAUAACGAAGAGCCUGUGGCAUUUUUCAAUGCAACCAUGGACGAAUCCAGAUUUUCCUAUUUGGGUUACAGUGUGGUAUCUGCACAUCUGGACAAGAAAACAUUAUAUAUAUCCGGGGCACCCAGGUACAACUUGACUGGUGCAGUAUUUAUUUUUGAUGGGACCAAUCAGGAUUUGCUAAAAGGAGAUCAGAUAGGAUCUUAUUUUGGAUCAGUUCUAUGUGCCUUGGACAUCAAUAAAAAUAUGGAGACAGAUUAUCUUCUGGUUGGAGUGCCGCAUUUUCAUAUAAAAGGGGAAGAGGGCAAAGUACUGGUUUACAAACUGAAUAAAGGAAAAUUUGAGAAAGAAGCCUCUGAAUUGCGUGGACUAGCCAAGUACACAUAUGCAAGGUUUGGCUCAGCCAUAGCCGAUAUUGGAGACAUUGAUGGGAACCAUUUCAAUGAUGUGGCAGUGGGAGCUCCUCUUGAAGAAGAUAACGCAGGAAGUGUCUACAUAUAUAACGGAUUUAUGGAUGGGAUAAAGCACCAGUUUUCACAGAGAAUCACACCAUCAGACUUUGGAAUAAAACUUGUGCAUUUUGGCCAGGCAGUGAGUGCCAUGUCUUCCUCAGAAAAUGAGGCACCACUAAUCAGUGUUGGGAGUGAAGGAGCCAUACAUGUCUUUCAGACCAUUCCUGUUAUGAUAAUUAAACCAAAAUUAAACAUUGAUCAUAAGGAAAUUACCCUUGAUAAGCAGAACAAUGAUGAAUCAAGCCAAUUUGACACAAGGCUCCAAAUCUGCUUCAAUGCACCAAAAGGAGAAAUUAAGUUCGGUGAACUACCACUUGAGUACAAUAUUGAUUUGGACUCGGGAAUGGAACAAAAGCGACUGAUUCAUACCAAGCCUUAUGAAGGGAGAAUGAGCUUUAAUCUGACAAAUUCCCAAACCUGCACUGAACGGAUAGAUCUGAAAUAUGUGGGCUGCUCUGACUGUUUCUCACCUAUCAAGAUUAGGGUGAAUUUUACAUUAACCCCAUCCACUGGAUUACCUAUUCGGGUUCUUGAUGCAUAUAAUCCAAAAGAGGCCACAGAAGAGAUUACGUUCCAAAAGGAUUGCAGCACUGAACACUGUAAGGCUCAUAUUUCAUUGCUUGACUCAAAACUCAGCAAUGACAUUUUAAUAAUUGGCUCCAGUCAAACCUUGGAUAUAAAGUUUAAUCUUGUGAACUCUGGGGACAAUUCCUAUCUGACCACUCUGACUGUGAAUUAUCCUGAGAUAUUAUCUUAUAAGAAAGCUGACGGCGGAACAUGUGAAGAUAAAAAUGACAACCAUCAAAUAGUGUGUAAAAUUUUGCAUCCUAUAUUCAAAAGGAAUAAACAGGCCAAUGUUAUUAUCGCUUGGCAGCCUAUCAACAGAAACUCAAACCGCUCAGUUGCAAUUACUGCUGUCUUAACAGGUGGAAAUAAUGCCAGUGAGGAACUUGCUCGUAGGAACUAUCAUUUCACAGUGAAGAAAGCCCUUGCAGUUCAGCUUAUUGGCACAGCCAAGCCAAACAGACUGAAUAUUACAGAGGGUGAAGAAACCAUAACACAAUUGCUACAUUUCACUUUUAAGCUGCUGGGUGAAAACAAAUAUAAUGCCAAAAUAAAUGUGACGAUAACAAUUGAAAAGCAGACACAUAAAACUGACAUCAUCAUCACGAGCGUUGAACCAAAGAACUGUUCAUGGCCCACUGACAGAACUGUUAAGAGCACCUUCCAGAUUGUAUGUACUCUGACAGAGUUGCAUGAUGUUAACAUUAUGGCUGAAACACAUAUCCAUGACAUUCAGGCAGAAACUGAACAGAUCACUGCCAAGGGAGAAAUUACAUUUGAUGAGAGCAUCUAUGAUGGAAAAAACAUUAUAAAGACACAGCAAGUGGAGGUUUCACUUAUUAAGCUGACGGUUGUGACAUCAACUGCACUUAUUGCAGGCAGCGCCAUUGGAGGGUUUCUCCUUUUAAUCGUCAUCAUCAUUAUUCUUAUCAAGCAGUGUGGAUUUUUCCGCCGACGCCAUAAAGUGGAUCGCAGACAGAGUAAAAACUGAACACAUUCAUAUUAUUAUUGUUAUUAUUAUUGUCCAUUUUAGAACAUGACUGCACAGAUGUUUUAUUAUUAUUAAAAUUGUUUAUUAUUAUUAUUAUUAUUAUUGAAAUUGUGCACAUUUUGUUAAUCACUGAAUUGUGAGCAAGAACCCAAAUGUUACUUCUGUGGGGGGGUUUUUUUCACUUAAAAUUUCCUUUGUUUUCCUAAAAUCUUGAGGUAUUUUGUACCAACCCUGUGUAAAAAUAAGCUCUGUUGCCAAAUAUUUUUUUGCAUGCAUUUUUGGGUGAGAAUGAGAAAAGAAAAAAAAAAAAGAUUUCAUUAUCCUUAAGUCCUGUGUAUAAUAAUACAAGGAAUUGAAAGCACAAGACAUAUACAAGCUGUGAGCACACGAAAACUACACAGGUCUAGCACAUAAAAGAUAAAUAUUUCUACUUGGAAAACCUCACUGCUUUCUGCUUAGUCCUUAAUCCUGUGUUUUUUAUUUCCAUUUCCAUUCAUUCUUUCAUUCUGUCUUUUAAUUCAUUUGAAAUUAAAUAAACCAUUCUUUCUCUCUGA